AUGUUUCGCCCGUGGCCUACUCAGCCCCAACCAGACUUCAACUGGUUUCGAUUCAAUAACGCAACUGGCACCAGACCUGGCGUCAACUUCAACAACUUCGGGCCCAAUCCGCGCGGCCCUGCCACUCCAGCCUUUGCGAAUCCAGGACCCCGCCUCUUUGACUUUUCGCAACUCUUCAACAUCACUAACAACAACUUCGGCCCCACGCCCCUGCGCCCCAACCAGCCAGGCCGGAUCCGCAAUCGAGUCACACGCGACCUACUCCACGAAUACCUCCCCCGAACCCGAAACUUUAUGCAGCAGGGCCUCUUCCCCGUCCCUGAGUUCCUCCGAGGCUACGACGAUGGCUUCAUGGGAACCCUGAUGGAUCCCCAAAAUUUCGACCAGGCCUUCGCCCGCGGCGCGACGUUCAUCUUCAGACACCUUGAGGCACUGAGCCAGGCAUACGCGCCGCCGUACGGGGCCAUGGGCGCGGGUAUGGGCGUGGGCACUGGCAGUCGUGGCGGCGCGGCCUUUGACUUGUUCGCUCGGCCGCGCUACCUCCUCGCAAACGCCCGCGAUCGAUUCGUGACGGUACGAGAGAUAUUCUGGCACAUAUUCAUUCUCUGUUGCGUGCUAGACCAGGACCGCGCCUUUGGCUGCUCCGAUUUGCUGGCGAGACCGAUUGCAGAGUUCCUUCUCGACUUUUUGCCGAGCGUGGAGGCAUUUCUGCCUCCGACGGCGAUGCAGAUUUUGUUUGUGGGAUAUGCUCGCAUAUUUCGCGAAUCGAUAUUUGAGAUGGAGUUGCUAAGGCAGUUGUGGGAGUCGAUGGAUGUCAUGGGCCAAGCACACAUUAGGGGAAUGAUGGGACCGCAGUUGGCAGCGAAUGGGAUGGGAAAUAAUGUGCACCGAGUUUGGACUGCUCUCAGACAUCUUGGUCUGGUCUGA